CCGGCAGCUCCAGCUUUUGCUGGCGGGCAGCGGGAAUUGCUUGUCCCGCGCGCUCCUCCAGAAUGGACAAAUUGCAUGAGACGUUGAUAAAUAUGGAAGACACUUUGGGUUCGGAGCACUCUGUCUGCUUAUCCUCCUGGGACUGGAAGAACACAGCUGGGGCUUUCGAGCUGCACUCCGUCUCCUCUCCACACAGCUUAUCCCCAACGCCGUCCUUCGAGUCUUACUCCUCGUCCCCAUGCCCGGCGGCGGCCGAGACCCCAUAUAGCGGUGGCGGCCUGGUGGGCUACGGCCUGGUGGACUUCCCCCCAGCCUACCUGCCCAGCCCUGGACAGGCCCGGCUGCCCAAGGGCACCAAGGUGCGGAUGUCAGCCCAGCGCCGGAGGAAAGCCAGUGAGAGGGAGAAGCUGCGGAUGAGGACCCUGGCCGACGCGCUGCACACACUGCGCAACUACCUGCCGCCUGCCUACAGCCAGCGGGGACAGCCCCUCACCAAAAUACAGACCCUCAAGUGCACCAUCAAGUACAUCAGCGAACUGACGGAGCUCCUCAACAGUGUCAAGAGGGCGUAGGGCCCAGCUGGAGCACCUACCCUGGCACCCCGAGGCUCUGCUGUGGAAGAGCCUCUUAAAAAAAGACAACAAAACCAGUCCAAUUUCUUCUUUGUUGGAGCGUGGUUUCAUGGGGUGACAGAGGAACAUGAGGGAGGGAGAGCGAGGGUUGCUGCGUACGUAGGACGUGAUGCUGGAAGGUGAUGUAGGGCUGCCUAAAGCCUGAGCUGCAAGUUGCUGAGAUGGAAGUCUUGCUUUUUGUUUUUCUUAUGCUCCUGUUUUGUUUGUCUUUUUUUGUUUAUUUUAAUGAUAAGCUUCUGACAAAUUUUAAAGCUGAUCUGAUACAAACCAGAAAGCCAUCUGAAUGUCCUAGGAUUUACAUAUCUGUGUUCUGACUGAUCUUCUGUUUACUGCAGACCACAGUAAAUCCAUAGCUUUUAAAGUGAAUUUGUAAGAAGUAACAACAAUCGCAUAUGAUUUAUAAGUAUAUUGAUUUGUAGGCACUUUAAUAUUAGGAUGAGGAGGAACAUGUUUAGCUAGUUCAAGUAUUACUUAUUUGUCUACAUUUCCUCUGUACUUGAAAAUCAAGAAAAGAAGUAAUAGCAAGAACUUCUUUGCUCAUAACAAAUGCCAUAUUCUGUAACAAUGCCAUAGUCUGUGCUUUGUAUUACAUAUCUGGUAGAUAAGUAAAGUCUAAAACUGACCAUUAAAUUCUGGAAAUGAAAUAUAAACCAACUGAUCUUAUAUAGAU